GGCAUUGGACGGGUGGCGUUAAAUCGCCUGCGGUUUAACCAUGACUCUCCGGCGGCCCGGAUGCUGGACCAAUCCAACGUUGACCGCCUCGUAGACGUCUUCAAAGAAGUUGGGUGCAACAACCGGGACGCGGAACAUUCGAUCCCCGUUGUCAUCACCCGUGACCAGCUUCAUCGAGUGUUGCAACGAUCAGGCCUGUCAGCAGAUAAUCUGCGGUCCAAUGACCAUGAGCCUCCCUAUCUUAAACUCCGGAAGAAGGAGGCAUUGAGUUGUCUGCACGGCCAGCAUCGGCAUGCAGCGGCAUGCCGUUUUUUGCGGCAUCAUCCACGGGAGGACCGUUGGUGGACGGUCACGCUCUACGAU